UGCACCAAUUCAGAUCUGUCCUCGAACAAUGUCCUUACCGCAUUCCGAAGGUCAUGGGAUGAGCGAAGGUGACAAUGCGGAUUUCCUUAAAGUGUGCGAUGAGCUCUGCUACGAAUUAUCGUCCUUGCAAGAGCUUGCCUGCCGUGGCGCAUGGCGAUCAAUUCUGGACAAAGUCGCUCAAGCACGUUCUCGGUCUCUCCUAUCUAAGCCUCAUGAACAUCUCGUUUAUCUAGCCUACAACGCUAUAGCUCUAACCAAGCUCCGCCGUUUCUCUGAAGCAGUCGCCGAGCUCGAAUUGGUGGAAAAAGGCCUGGAUAUUUACCGGUACGAAGCUUAUCCACAUCAUUACCCUAACCGCCAUGGCUCCAUGGCCCCUUUUGUUCUCCGUUGGUUGUAUGCUGAACUCCCUUCUAGAAUAGGCAAACGUCAAGAAAGUUUAGAUCGAUUCUACAUGUUACUGCAGUUUAUUAGGGAAAAACUGGCAAAAAAUUUACCGGAUGCAUCUCGUGCAGUAUGGAGAAAACGCGAAGGUUUGGUGAUUAAUUCGAUAAUAAGUCAUCAUUUGAGUCAUAAAGAGUUUAAGGUAUGUUUAGAUUUGAUUAAAGAGUUGAUUAACCAUGAUUUGACCCCUGUUGCUAGAGCAACUUUGAUGACGAAGUUAGGGUAUAUUCAAAUGCAAUAUGGGGAUCUUGAUGGUGCCAGGGGGACUUUUAAUGGGAUUGAGGGUAUUGUGACAGAAGGCAAGGGAGAGAUUGUGAUGCAAAAUCUUGUGAAUAGGAAUAAGGCAUUGAUGUUUCUGGUUGAGAAAGAUUAUGUGUCUGCAGUGAUGGAGUACCAGAAGUGCAUUGAUAGAGAUGUUUCGGAUGUGAUUGCUAUCAAUAACAAGGCCCUUUGCUUGAUGUACAUGCGUGAUUUGUCUGAUUCUAUUAAGGUGAUGGAGAAUGCUUUAGAGAGAAUCCCUACAUAUGCCUUAAACGAGACGUUUGUGGUGAACUUGUGUAGUAUGUAUGAGUUGGCUUAUGUUAAUCACUCAGAUAUCAAGAAGACGCUUGGCAGUUGGAUUGCUCGUGUGGCGCCUGAUGAUUUUGAUACUUCCUGUACUCGAAUAUGAGGUACCUAUGUUCUUUCAAGGGACCAUGUUUGUUAGAAGGACUCAUAUAUCCAACAUGCAAUCUAUCUUGAUUGGUUUUUAGCAUUUUAGA